GCAUCAUCAUAUCGUAGUAGUAGCUAGAGCUAGCUAGGUCUCCUUGACCCCAGUCUCAGUAGUUUCUCUUCAAGAUGUCGCAGAGGCCGGGGAGGCACCAGAGGAGGGCGUCGCAGAGCGUGUUCUCGCUGCCGGAGAACUUCGCCAGCCUGGAGGACGUGCCGGCGGACGGCGUCGGCGAGCAGCGGAAGCCCGCCGCGGCGGGGGCGGACGCCUCCGAGCAGCAGCCCGCGAGGCCGGCGGCGGGGCGCCACCGGCGGGCAAUGUCCAUGGCCGUGCCCUCCAGGGACCUGGACAUGAUCGCGGAGGACAUGGGAAGCUACAAGUACGGCGCCUGAUUAGCGGGACAUGUAGUUCACGCUGGUGUGUACGUACGUACGAGUUCUUCCCUGGCUGUUGGGUAGUGUCCUGUUCUGUUUGCCGUUUGGUAGUGUUGUUCUGUGCUGUGUUUUUCGUGGUUCGCUGAAUGUGUACUCCUUCAUUUGCUUGCCUGACCUGAGUAAAGAAAUCCCGCUGUUACAAAUUUCAGUGU